AUGUCAGGGUUCUCUUCUAUCCGCCUUCUGAAGAGGCUCCAUCAUCAAUACCUUCAGGAACUGAUUUUCCGUUUGUCCUGUACGGUAUUUUCUCUCAUUGCCGUGGGGUUUUUUGCUGGGUGCUUGCGUAUCAAUGAAGAUAUUCCUGUGCCACCAUCGUCGCCAGUGAAAGGUAGAUGGAAGGACGGGAUACCUAUCUUGCCGCUUGGGAUUUCUAUCCUGUCGUCGAUCUAUGUUGCAUAUUACAUUGUUUUACGAAGACAUUCUCCCCACCUUGGGGUGCAAUUGGCAUUAGACGUAUCUGUUUUGCUAGGGCUUGUUCCAACUAUCACACUGUUAUACCACCUAUUCUUCAUCCUUUAUACUAUAUUCGUUAUCCGUGUCCAUGGAUGGGAACCAGUGCACAAAAAUAGACGUCGCAGACAUCGACGCCAUGGCACGAAAGAACGCAUCUUCGUACGUCUCGAUGACCCUGAGACUAAGAAAGACCACCUUGCCUCUUACCUUCAAAUCGUCAAUGAGGUCUCAUACCCCUCAAUGGCGGCUACGAAGGACAACCGUUUUUAA